CACUUUCAUAUAUCCACGUCCAAUACCUCGGUAUCCUCGCCAGAAAUUAACACCGAGCAUUUACCUCCGAGAAUUGGGACGUGGCCGCAACGGCUCGAAACCCGUGUCGAUAGCCCAGUGAUUUUAGACCUCAGAUCAAGCUUGAUUCGGAAUCCUCCGCACAGCGAUCAACUCCGCAGAUUGUUCCUCAUGCUGUAUCAACAUCCGAUAAUUUAUCAAUUCGUGGGAACCGAUAUAUAAGUUUGAGACUGGUCGCGAUUUUCUUGCGACAGUGUUCCAGCUCAACACGGAAUGUUCGAUCUUCCAGACGCAAAACGCGUCCGUCGCGAUGAAUUAAGCUCCCCUCCCUCUUCAGCGCUCUCAUCGCCAGCACUCUCUACGAACGAUGCCAACGAACGUCUGGGAAAACUCCUUCAAUUCGAAAUACCGCCUCUAGAUGUGAAUUCAACCGAGGCCCCUGGCCAAGCGGCCAACAACCCUGAUCCGGUCGAUGCCCCCGCCCCAGAGGAAGCAGAGCAGGAGUUUGAGUUUCGACUGUUCAGCAGCGCUCCAGCGAAGCCCAAGACGGACGGUGCAGUUCCUGCUGGCACCAGCGCGGAUACGACAGGAGAUGGAAAUGCAGAACGUACACAAAAGUUACGAAUCAGGAUCCGGUCACCGACACCUGGAGAUGUGAGCGUUGGUGAAGGGCGAUUUGUGGUUCCUUUCAGAGGAUGGGAGUAUUAUUUCACGACCCCGACUCUCCUAGGUGGAUAUGGAAAAGAAGAUAUUGCGCGCAUUGAAGAGAGAGCUGCUGCUAAGAGGGCGGAGUUUGAGAGCAUUGCCGUUAGCCAGACUCAAUUAUUUGAGUGGGCCAAGCAACCUUGGCCCGGUUGCCACCUCCCUUGGCGUGUCAUCCGACUAGAUCGUGCAAAGACAAAACUCCCACGUCCUUCUGCCGACCCCACCGUUAUUCAACUCGUCAAUCCGAGUAUCAAAGCGUCACCGAAAUCGCGCAAGAAGCCAGGAAAGAAGCGUCGGCUCGUUCUGCGCAAGCGCGCCGCAGCUGCAGAGGCAGCCAAGCUUACGGAAGCAGAAAAACGCAAUAAAAGAAACCGCGAAAAGAAGAUCAAGAGAAGACAGAAGGCAAGGGAGCAGAAAGCGGCUUUGGCAGGUGCAGGUGAUAGUACGCAGGCCAGUGUGGCUGAUGGAGAGGAGAACACUACAUGAAGUGAUUCGGACAAUAGGGGUGCAGAGACCACUGAAUAUGCUGCGGGAACUGCAAUGACGGAUCACGGUAAUGAUAUCAAAGUUUGCUUUUCAGCUUCUAGUAUAAUAUACCGCUAUAUGGCAUAUUUCAAUAGCAUACCAUAGACUCCAUAUGGCCUUACAUACAUCAUGUAUUUCAUCUGUGUCUUGAGCUGCCGCACCGAAUGUUGCAGGAUUGGCAUCCUGAGCAGCGCUAUUGAUUCCGCGCAACCCUGAGCUA